CCCACCUCUCCAUCCCACACACACACACAGCACGGACACACACAAGUCCGCCCACAGUACUUCGGGGUUAUGUUAGGGGAGGGUAGGAGGCUUAUUUGUGACCAUCAUUUCGCCUGGAUCAAGAGUCGAUCGGGUUGAACGACUUCUGGCCGUCUUCCUACUCCGGUCCGCCCGUUCCGCUCGAAGCGAAAGAAGCAAAACCCAAGGCGAGGCCCUCAGGAUGCGUCAGACUAAAGGGGCCCCGUGGUGGAGCCUGGCGAUGACUCUCGCCGUGCUCGUGGCCGGCACGUCGAGUGCGACUGCCGAAAGCGCUCCGGCGACGGCGACCACCGGCGGCGCGGUGGUCAGCACGACGCUGCCGGUCGCCACUCCGUCGUCGCCGUCGUCGCCGCCGCCGCCGCCGCGCGUCACCGGAGGGCCAUCGACGGUUCCGGGCAACGGCACGUCGCCGGGGCGCAACGAGUCGUCGCAGGCGGCGCCCAACGCCACCGCCGCCGCCGAGGCACCGGCGUCAACCGCGAACGCCACCGCCGCCGCCAACGCCACGGCAGCCUCCUCUGCCACCGCCGGCAACGGCAGCACGGUGUCAACCACGGUGAACGCAACGGCCAACGGAACGGCCGAGGCGACGACAACGCCGAUGGCGACGACAACGCCGAUGGCGACAACAACGCCGAAGGCGACGACCAAAGCGGCCGCGACCACAACGCCGAAGGCGACCACAACGCCGAAGGCGACGACCAAAGCGGCCGCGACGACGCCUAAGAGCGUGGCGAGCACGACCGUGAGCGACACAAAGGGAGACGGCAGCAGGAACGACAAAGCCAGCAGUGCGGAGGGCUCGGGCCACGUGGCAGGAGUCGUGUUCGGAGUGCUCCUGGCCAUCGCGCUCAUGCUGGGCGUGCUGUUCGUCGUGCGCAAGCGCUACAUGAUCAACCGCCCGUUCCACCACCAGCGCCUCCUGGACGAUGGCAGUGACGAUACAGGUCUCUAAGAAGAAAAAACCCCACUGCAUCAUCUUCUUUCCCAUGGGUGACCGCUGAUGGAGAAGCACGUGUUUCGGAGUCACAUUUCCCCGUCUUUAUUUUUUCUAAAAAAAAAAAGUUUGUCUCUGUUCGAGACACUUAGCCCAAUUCGCAGCACCACCCAGGGGGUCGGGGGGGGGGGGCUGGAAAUCCAAAGCGCAUCGCGGUUGCGUGUCCCCCCGCCCGCCCUCCACGGUUGCCGAAUUUCACGGUGAAACUUCAAAGAGGACGAGCCACCUAACACACAACGCCCACAAACAAGCAGGCGCACACACACGCGUGUGUGCACGCGUGUGUGAGCGCAUCAUGCUAGAUCGUGGGCAGCGCCAACUCUCUUUUGUACAAUUGGGGAGGUUAUAUUGGGAUUCCUCUACUUACGAGCGAGUUUGGUUCCAGAGGUAUGUUCGGAAGUCCAACUUUACUCCCGUUGAUUCCAAACACAUUGUACGGCGUGUACACUAAACAUGUGGAAUGGCUACACAAGUUGUAUUUUCUCCUACAGAUGUAGAUGUCACUGGUUACGUUCUGCAGAUGUAGAUACCACUGGUUCUUCAUGGUCUGCAGAUGUAGAUGCCACUGGUUCUUCGUGUUCU